AUGGUUAGGCCUGGAGGAUUGAGCGUUGAUUCGUCAGCGAAUCACCUGCGUGCACCGUCUCGGACGGUGACGUUGGGCCGUAUACAGCCUCAGGCUCCGAGUCUCCGUACCGUAUAUUGCAACGACCGGGAUUCUAAUUUCCUCGUCCGUUUCAAGGGCAAUUCAAUUUCUACAACAAAGUACAAUGUUUUCACCUUUCUGCCCAAAGGUCUGUUUGAACAAGCGCAUAGCAAAUAUCUACUUUCUUGGAAUUUCAUGUCUAUCAAUGACACCGAUAAGAAACGUUUUCAAAAUGAUAUGUCCAUAAAUAAUAGUACAGUGGAGGUCUUGCAAGAUCAACAAUGGGUACCUAUUCCCUGGCGGAAGUUGCAAGUCGGAGAUAUUAUCAAGAUUAAAAAAGAUGGAUUUUURCCAGCUGAUCUUCUUUUCCUGUCCAGCACCAAUGCUGAUGGUAUUUGCUAUGUAGAGACUGCAAACCUAGAUGGAGAAACAAAUUUAAAAAUCAGAAAGGCCCUUGAAAGGACAUGGGAUUACUUGACACCAGAGAGAGCUUCUGAKUUUAAAGGUGAAAUUCAGUGCGAGCAACCUAAUAAUUCCCUGUACACUUUCGCUGGGAAUCUUAUAGCAGAAAAGCAGACUUUACCUCUCUCUCCAGACCAGCUUUUAUUGCGUGGAUGCAGUCUUAGGAACACGGAACACAUUGUUGGUGCUGUGAUAUUUACUGGUCAUGAGACGAAGGUGAUGAUGAAUGCCAUGAAUGCUCCUUCCAAAAGAAGUACGCUGGAAAAGAAACUCGACAAACUCAUUAUUACUAUCUUCUGUGCCCUUGUCAUAAUGUGCCUGAUUGGAGCUAUAGGCUGUGCAAUCGUGACAGAUCGUGACCACUAUUAUUUGGGUCUUCAAAAGAAAGAUUGGGAAUACCGUAAUGGAAUGACGAUAGCCUUUUUCACCUUUUUCACUCUAAUCACUCUUUUCUCUACAAUUAUACCAAUCUCCUUAUAUGUUUCUAUCGAGAUGAUCAAGUUUAUUCAGUCAACUCAGUUUAUUAACCGAGAUCUUCACAUGUAUCAUGAUGAGACAAAUACUCCUGCCUCCGCCAGAACUUCGAAUUUAAAUGAGGAGCUUGGACAGGUGGAAUACAUAUUUUCUGAUAAAACCGGAACUCUCACAAGAAAUUUGAUGGAGUUUUUUAAAUGUUCAAUUGGGGGAAUAAGUUACGGAUGUGGUAUUACUGAAAUAGAAAGAGGAAUUGCUCAGCGUGAUGGCUUAAAAAUUCAGGAGGAACGAAGGUCGACUGGUGCUAUAAGAGAAAAGGGAUUUAAUUUCGAUGAUCCAAGGCUUAUGCGAGGAGGUUGGAGAAACGAACCUAAUCCUGAUCUUUGCAAGGUUGCAGAACUUAUUGAGAAGGAUCUUAUCCUGAUUGGAUCAACUGCAAUAGAAGACAAGCUUCAGGAAGGGGUACCUACCUGCAUAGAGACCUUAUCAAGAGCUGGGAUUAAGAUCUGGGUGCUAACAGGGGACAAGAUGGAAACUGCAAUUAAUAUCGCAUAUGCUUGCAACUUGAUCAACAAUGAAAUGAAACAGUUUAUUAUCAGUUCUGAAACUGAUGCAAUCAGGGAAGCUGAAGAAAGGGGUGAUCAAGUUGAAAUUGCGCGUGUUAUUAAGGAAGAAGUAAAGAAGGAGCUGAAGAAGAGUCUUGAAGAAGCUCAACAAUACAUGCAUACUGUAGCUGGACCAAAAUUGGCUCUCGUUAUCGAUGGGAAGUGUUUGAUGUAUGCAUUAGACCCCAUUUUACGUAUAACUCUGCUCAGCUUGAGCUUGAACUGUACUUUGGUUGUGUGCUGUCGCGUUUCUCCUUUACAGAAAGCGCAGGUUACAAGCUUGGUGAGAAAAGGGGCUAAAAAAAUAACACUGAGCAUUGGUGAUGGUGCCAACGAUGUUAGCAUGAUUCAAGCCGCUCAUGUUGGUGUAGGAAUAAGUGGGAUGGAGGGAAUGCAAGCUGUGAUGGCUAGUGAUUUUGCCAUUGCUCAGUUUAGAUUUCUUACGGAUUUGCUUCUUGUCCAUGGACGCUGGUCAUAUCUUAGAAUCUGCAAGGUGGUCAUGUAUUUCUUCUACAAGAAUUUUACCUUCACUUUGACUCAGUUUUGGUUCACAUUUCGAACCGGAUUUUCGGGUCAAAGGUUCUAUGAUGAUUGGUUCCAGUCAUUAUACAACGUUUUCUUUACUGCUCUUCCUGUGAUUGUCCUUGGGCUGUUUGAGAAGGAUGUGAGUGCAUCCCUUUCAAAGAGAUACCCUGAACUGUAUAGAGAGGGAAUACGUAAUUCCUUUUUCAAAUGGAGAGUUGUGGCAGUAUGGGCUUCUUCUGCUGUGUAUCAAUCUUUGGUAUGCUAUCUCUUCGUAACCACCUCAGCUUUCGAGGGGAAAAAUUCAUCAGGCAAAACAUUCGGUCUUUGGGAUGUGAGCACAAUGGUCUUCACCUGUCUCAUAAUAGCUGUGAACCUGCGGAUUCUUUUGAUGAGCAACUCGAUUACUAGAUGGCAUUAUAUCACAGUUGGAGGAAGCAUUUUGGCAUGGCUCGUUUUUGCUUUUUUAUACUGCGGGAUUACGACACCACAUGAUAGAAAUGAGAAUGUCUACUUUGUCAUAUAUGUCCUAAUGAGUACAUUUUAUUUCUACAUCACAUUGCUGCUUGUUCCUAUUGUGGCUCUUCUGGCAGAUUUCAUCUACCAAGGGGUGGAGAGAUGGUUCUUCCCAUAUGAUUAUCAGAUAGUUCAAGAGAUUCACAGGCACGAGGUGGAUAGUAGCAAUGCAGAUCAUCUGGAGAUAGCAAACGAGCUCACACCAGAAGAGGCGAGAAGCUAUGCGAUAUCCCAAUUGCCUCGAGAAAUCUCAAAGCACACUGGUUUUGCCUUUGAUUCACCCGGUUAUGAGUCGUUCUUUGCUUCACAAUUGGGUAUAUAUGCGCCACAGAAGGCGUGGGACGUGGCUAGGAGAGCCAGCAUGAGAUCACGACCCAAAGCACCAAAGAAGAAUUGA